AUGGAUGAGUCAAACGUGACAUCGUUUACUGUCGAGGGUCCCGCAAACGCCUCAAGCAGUGGGAACACCUCGGUGGGACAGUCACGCCCACAAAUUCCAGUCGUGCACUGGGUCAUUCUCAGCAUUUCCCCAGUGGGUUUUGUUGAAAAUGGAAUUCUCCUCUGGUUCCUCUGUUUCCGGAUGAGAAGAAAUCCCUUCACUGUCUACAUCACCCACUUGUCUGUCGCAGACAUCUCAUUACUCUUUUGUAUUUUUAUUCUGUCUAUUGACUAUGCUUUAGAGUAUGAGCUUUCUUCUGGCCAUUACUACACAAUUGUCACAUUGUCGGUGACUUUUCUGUUUGGCUACAACACGGGCCUCUAUCUGCUGACCGCCAUCAGUGUGGAGAGGUGCCUGUCCGUCCUCUACCCCAUCUGGUACCGAUGCCACCGCCCCAAGCACCAGUCAGCAUUUGUCUGUGCUCUCCUGUGGGCUCUUUCUUGCUUAGUGACCACCAUGGAGUAUGUCAUGUGCAUCGACAGUGGGGAAGACAGUCACUCUCGGAGUGACUGCAGGGCAGUCAUCAUCUUCAUAGCCAUUCUGAGUUUCCUGGUCUUCACUCCGCUCAUGGUGGGAUCCAGCACCAUCUUGGUAGUGAAGAUCCGCAAGAACACGUGGGGUCCCCACUCUUCCAAGCUGUACCUGGUCAUCACGUUCACCAUCAUCAUAUUCCUCCUCUUUGCCAUGCCCAUGAGACUCCUCUACCUGCUGUACUCUGAGCACUGGUCCACCUUUGGGAACCUCCACCACAUUUCUCUCCUCUUCUCCACAAUCAACAGUAGUGCCAACCCUUUCAUUUACUUCUUCGUGGGCAGCAGCAAGAAGAAGCGGUUCAAGGAGUCCUUGAAAGUGGUUCUGACCAGGGCUUUCAAGGAUGACAUGCAAGGUAGACGCCAGGAAGACAGUGCUAAUACUGUCACAGUUGAGACUGUCGUCUGA